GCCGUCUUCGUUCUUCCUUCACUAUCCACCAGACAGGUGAUGCUUAAUUUUGGAACUUUUACUGAGUUCUGAGAGUAUCCUUAUUUCUUGUGUUCCACCUGGAAGUGGCGUCUCGUAUGGGAUAGUAUUGAUUGGCAGAGAAAUUUGUCACUUGAGUCAGAGGAAUGGGUGCUUGUGUAUCAACUCCAGCAAUUCCUAUCAAAAUGAGGAAGAAAUUUCCUGGUCGCCCUAGAAAGUACCAUGGAAAGAACUCAAAAUCUGCUUCGAAAAUAAACAGUGAUGCAGGAUCACUGGUUACAGAUAUUGCUGUUAGUGAGUUUGUUCACAAAACCACAACCUGUAGAAGAUCUGAGUGCUCCAAUUCUAAAGUCCAUGUAACUCAGAUGCAGUGGCACCAUAGUCAAAUAGAUGCAAAUGUUCUUUGCCAGGAGGAUGCAUGGUUUGACACAGUCAGCAUUUUUGAGUCUGACUCAGAUGAUGAAUUCAGUAGUGUUCAUGGAGGUCGAGUUUCUCAAGUAAGGAAAUCAACAAUUAUAAGGCUUUCUCUGAGAACAUCUGUUGAAGAAGAAAAAAGUGGAUUUCGUGCACCAAGAAAGUAUCUUUUGCGUCCUAGGGCUGGGCUCAUUGUUCCUCAUUGUACAGAAGAAAAGCCAACAGUAGGAAGUUGGUCUGAGAUUGAGCCCUCGACCUUUAAGCUACGUAGCAGUAGUUUUUUCAUAGAUAAGAAAAAAUCACCUGCUCCAAAUGUGUCUCCUUAUACUCCUAUUGGAGUCGAUUUAUUUUUGUGCCCAAGAAAGAUCCAUCACAUUGCUCAACAUGUUGAACUUCCUUCUGUAAAAGGAGAUGGAAAAUUACCUCCUCUACUAAUUGUCAACAUUCAGUUACCUACUUAUCCUGCUCAAAUGUUUAUUGGUGAUGCUGAUGGGGAAAGCUUGAGCCUUGUAGUAUAUUUUAAGCUUUCUGAAACUACAGAGAAAGACGUCUCUCCUCAGUUCCUGGAAAGCAUCAAGAAACUUAUUGAUGAUGAUAUGGAGAAGGUUAAAGGAUUUGCAAAAGAUUCAAUAGUUCCUUUCAGAGAGAGGUUGAAAAUAAUGGUUGGGGCAGUUAAUCCAGAAGAUCUUGUUUCCAGUUCAACUGAAAGGAAGCUUUUGAAUAGUUACAACGAGAAACCUGUGCUUUCCCGCCCUCAACACAGCUUUUAUGAGGGCUCAAAUUACUUUGAGAUUGAUCUUGACAUUCAUUGCUUCAGCUACAUAGCAAGAAGGGGACUUGAUGCAUUCAGAGAUCGUUUACAGCAUGGCAUAUUGGAUCUUGGUUUAACAAUUCAGGCACAAAAGCCGGAGGAGCUACCCGAGCAAGUGCUUGCUUGUGUGAGAAUGAACAAGAUUGAUUUUGUUGACAAUGGACAAAUUCCAACUCUUAUGAGCAUUGAGGAAGAUGAAUGUUCAUACUAAUUUAUACAAAAUCAGUGAUACAUUAGCAUGUUGCAUGGGGGAGUUUUCAAAUGGUCCCUUGAUGAUCAAGCCAUUCCAACUUUCUAUACAAGCAAAAAAAAAACAAAAAAAAUUGUAUAAUAAGAAAUUGUAUUCUGAAAGAUGAAAUUAAAAAAAGGUGAUCAUGUUGAUACUGUUACUUUGUGUAAGGUUCACCAUUUUUUAACUAAUCACACCCUUAACAUAGUUUAAGUUUAGUAAUAAAAAAAAAACCACUAUCACUUAUCAUUUACUUUAAGAUAUUGUAUAUAUUUUGACAAGGCAAUUGAGUGUUUUUAAAUUCAAGUAUA